CGGCUGUGCACGUGGGCUGUCAGAGCGUGAGCUGCAGCUCGAGCAGAAACUCACACACAAACUGUUCAAACCGAAUUAAACAGAGGAAAGUGAUUGACCCGAUUAACUUCGCUUCAAGAUGACGGGAGCAAAAGACCGAAUGAGAGAGAAAAAGAUGAAAAACCAGCCGAGGAACGUCACGUACACGAGCUCAGGUCGUGGUGCCGGCAGAGGUCAGGGGUCACAGGUCUGGGUCAGAGGUCAUCAGGCUGGGGGUCAUGGUUACAGUCAAGAUCUGCCCAAAUACAUCACAGCGUCGUACUUCGCUAGAGCGCGCGCGGCGGAAGUGAGCGCCAUGCUGAAGGCCGUCAGUAGACCCGCCGGCAGCUGCCACGUGUUCAACGCUCUGCCCAAACACAUGCGCAGACGAGCCAUGAGCCACGACUGCAAGAGGCUGCCGACACGCCUGCGCGAGGGCGCGCUACGCCUGGCGGAGCGCAGUCAGCGCGCUCCAGACCAGCAGAAGAAGCCGGUGCCGAAGAGCAGGAGUCGGCGAGCCCGCCGGAGACACGGGAACCUGUUGCUGGAGUUCAACCGCAGACAGCAGAAGAGCCGCUGGCUGGAGACGCACAUCUGGCACAGCAAACGCUUCCACAUGCGGAAGAGCUGGAGCUUCUGUGUGCCGCUCUCGCCCACGGCCAAGGGCUUCCGCGCCGGCUACCGGGCCAUGAACACACACGCCCUGCUGCAGGAUUUGUCAUAUUUCUGCUGCCUGGAGCUCCAGGGAUCUGAAGAUCAGAUACUGAGAGCACUGGCUCGACUCACCAACAAACAAACAGGUCGCACGUUCGCAGCGGUGUCGUGUCUCUCCGGUGCGCGGCAGGGGAUCCUCCAGCUGUAUAAAGCGGACCGGUUUCCGCAGGGCUCUCUGGGUCCGGCUGAGUUCCUGUGGAGGCCCCGGGCCCCCGACGCCUCACUCAGACAGCUGUGGAUCUGGCUCCACCCGGCUCUCAAACAGGAGGUGCUGUCGGAGCUGCUGCUGGUGUGUCGGUGUUCUCCGGCCGUGGCCGUGUCUGAGGAUCUUCAUCCCGAAGCGGAUCCUGCAGGGAGGAAGAGGAAGAGGAAGAGCGAUGAAGGCGACACCAAUCCUCCCUCCAAGAGGCUGCUGGGAGACGGGACUCGCCCCGCUGGAGCUCCGGUGCGCUGGGAGUCCCCCGACACACACAUCACCAUCAGCGACCUCACCAUGGAGAUUGUGCGCUUCCGUCUGAUUGGUCCGCUGGCUCACACGGUGCUCACAGACACACUCCGUCCAGCCAGUGAGGUGAGAGACUCUGAUGACAUCACUCUCGCUGUGAUCGGCUCUUUGAUUGGCUGAUGGUGUCUCUGGUUCCUGUAGAUGCGGAGUGGCGAGAACGAAAGCCUCCAUCGGCAGCAGACACACACGUUCCAGCUCCUGAGAGGAGUGUGUUCCACAGCAGAGCUCCCAGCAGGGUGUGUGUUGGGACUGACUGUUGAUGAUCCCAGACUGACUCUACCUCAGAAACGUGGAAAAACUGUACCUGACCUACAGCCGAGCACAGAGGAGGAUGGUGUGAGGGAUCUGAGGCUCAGAGGAGUGGCGGCUCACUGCAGUCAGAGCUCGCUGUGGGACGAGUCGAUUCGAGAGUGUGUGACGCGCGACCGACUGUCGGAUCAGGAGCUGAACCGCCGGAGGAGUGAUCUGCUGGUGCCCGGCUCCCGCCUCUCCUCUUCUUCUGCUGUGCCGGUUCUGCUGGUCCAUCAUGCGGGGCGUGUGUGUGGAGAGGAGCGCCGGCACUGGGGCUCCGGCUGGGAUCUGCUGCUUCCCAAGGGAUGGGGAAUGGCCUUCUGGGUCCCGCUGGUGUAUCGUGGCGUUCGAGUCGGCGGCCUCCACAUGAGUGUCAAACACUCCCAGUUCAAGGGUCAGCCUCACUUCCCUCACGAUUACCCAGACUGCCCUGCAGGAGUGCGCUUCCAAGCCGAGCAGGAGCUGGAGCUUCUGGAAAAGUUCAAGAGACGUCCUCCAUCUAAACGCACCAACUACAUCAAACAUGGCUGCUUGGCACCGUUCCGUUGCCCCUGGCAACAGCUGACGGAGGAGUGGGAGGAGCUAGUGAGUCUGAGCGAAGACACGGCCAGCAGAGACGAAACACCGUUCACUGUUCUGAGGAGUCUGAAGGAGCUGCGGCUGCUGUCUGGAUGGAUCCGGCGUCGACUGCGUCUGCGCGUGACCCCUGACCCCCCUCUGACCCGGCUGCGCGUGACCCCUGACCCCCCGCUGACCCGCCGGGGCGUGACCCCUGACCCCCCGCUGACCCCUGCGGCGGCCUCAGCUCUACAGCAGGAGUGCAGGCGGUCUCUCCUCUGGGUGCGUCUGCGUCUUCUGAGUAAAGGCCAGCCGGCGCUGCACGCCAUGGUGUGUGUGCCCACGACCUCUGACCUCCAGCUGCUGCGUACAGAUGGACAGAGCAGCGGCCCGCAGGAGCCCCGACACACAGAUCCCCUGAGGGCCCGGAGUGAGCCUGCGGAUCCGGAGCGUGUCCUGCGGGGUGUGUGUCCUCCUCCUCUUCCCCGGGUCGUGUCCCACUGCAGCCGGACGGUUCUGGGAUGGGUCACGCAGGGCGACUUCUCUCUGACCUCUGGCUGUGGAGAGGCUCUGGCCUUCAUUAGCCUGACCGGCCUCACACACACACUCCUCACGCAGCCACAGGACCAGCGCGGACUCGUGCUCCUGCGCAACCCCUCGUCCCUGCAGUACCGCUUCGCCCAGAUUAGCCUCGACACCUGAGCACGCACACACACACACACACACCCCUCGUCUCUGCA